AGAGGCAGAAAAGCAACAGAGGGGCCAACACCAACACGAGGAAAUCUUUUCAGGCAACCUUUUUCAGGGAUUUGAGACCGAGGUCUUGGCGGAAUCCUUCAAUGUGGACAUGGAGACAGCCGCGAGACUACAGGGCCAGGAUGAUAACAGGGGAUUCAUAGUUAAGGUAGGGAAGGAAUUUGAAAUGCAAAGACAAUCAAGGUACGAGGACCCAAGAAGCAACGGAUUCGAGGAAACCGCCUGCACAAUGAGAAUUAGAGAGAAUCUCGACGAUCUAGAGAGAGCAGAUAUUUACACUGCUCAAGGCGGACGUAUUAGUACUCUCAACAGCUAUAACCUUCCAAUUUUGAAGCAAAUUCAAUUGAGCGCAGAGAGAGGAGUUCUUUACAAGGUAAUCAUUCAAGUAGAGAGCUGUUAACUCGAGAAUUGACAACGUUUUCUAAUUAUUUCAAUCUCUGCUUACAAUGUGCAGAAUGCAAUGGUGGCGCCGCAAUGGAGCAAUAACGCCCACAACAUCAUCUACAUAUUGCGUGGAACUGGACGUAUCCAAGUAGUGAGUCACUCUAACAGGGUCGUCUUCAAUGGCGAGGUUCGCCAAGGACAGCUGCUAGUCGUGCCACAGAACUUCGCAGAGGUGAAGCAGGCAGGAAGCCGGGGAUUGGAGUGGGUGUCAUUCAAGACUAACGACAGGGCAGUGUCCAGUCCGUUGGCGGGAAGGACGUCAGUGAUUCGGGCAAUGCCGGAAGAAGUGGUGAUGAGCGCUUUCCGGGUGUCGAGAGACGAGGCACGCAAGCUAAAAUACAAUAGGCAGGAAGUGAGGAUCUUCCCUCAGUCAAAGAGACAAUUGGAGAGGGCUUGA